AAUACUUGUUUGUGAUUGUGCAAGAUAGAGUGGAGUCGUUGGUAGAUAUAAUAACUGUUGACAGAUGGUGAUUGAUGAUGGGGUUUGUCACUAAUUAUCAGAGAGAGACAGACACAGUUUAGCCAAGUUUACAAAACGCGAAGGAAGAUUUCAGUGCGUGUCAAUACUUUUGAAAUGUGGAAAAGUUUGUUAGUUAGCCAAUUAGCUAAGGGAUCUUGUGUGAUUGUAUACGUGAAGAAGAAGUAAUUCACCACUGCAGUUUUGCUGCAAAUUUUAACUACACAUAGUUUACUGCUUUUUAGGAUGGUGUGUUCCUUGGUGUUCUUUGGAGUUUCAUUUGGCGCCGGUGACUUGAGCGGCCAUAUACACAGGGACUACAUCAUUACCAGCUUAUUCGACAUACCGGCUGCUAUUCUUGCAAUAUACCUUUGCAACAAAAUUGGAAGAAAGAAGACAACGAUUAUUCCCAUUUUUAUUGCCGGGAUAUCCUGCAUUGCUGUAUCCUUGAUUCCAAAAAAAUCAGGGAGCAAACCAUCGGAACUUGUUGGUCUUCGAGUUUUCUUUGGAGUGCUUGGAAGGUUUUGCAUCACGUUGUCACAUGAUUCCAUUUACAUAUGGUCGACCGAAAUGUACCCGACUUGCGUAAGGGGUGCAGCCAUGGGCUACUUGCAAAUCUUUGCCCAUAUUGGUUCUUCACUAGCACCUUGGGUGGCAAAAUGGCUCGUCGCCUUCCACGUGGUUCUGCCGUUUUCAAUAAUGGGCGGUUUAGCUGUCAUAAGUGCGAUUUUGUUGUUGAGGCUGCCUGAGACGGCUAAUAAGGAAACACUGGAAACACUUGCUGAUCAAUUUGAAAUGAAGGGUAGUCACGUAAAGGAGGUAGAUCUAAAAGAAGAGAAGGAAAACGUUAAUGAGAUAAAAGACCUAACUGCAUGAUAUUUCCCACCCUCCAUCAGCAAGGAGGAGCAAAAUACUGCAAUUUUAUAAUCAAACCAAACCCAAUAUACAUGCUUUUUACUUUACAAAGAACCUUGCUAGAGUCUUAGUUCUCGAAGUUCCUGAUCUUUAGAUUUUUUGAUCGAAUUGUAGUACUCAAAGUUCCUUAAUAGUUUCUUAAUUUACGAAAAUUGUUCCUCCUCCAUUACAAUUCUGUGUUAGUGUCGCUAGAUUCUUAACUGUAGAUGGCAAAUAAGGUGAAAAACGGAUAAUAAACUAGAAAGACGUUUCAUGUAUGAAAAAGUGGAAACUCGGUCAAGAAAAAAUGUAAAACUCGAAAUUACACAAUGAAACCUUCGAUCGCUACCAUCUUUACACAAAAAUGGAUGGAAACGGCUUCCCAACUUGAUUGUUUGCAAGAAUAAAAAAUUCCAAAGAUGAGAAGCUCCUUAGGUUGUUUGUUCUUAAAACAAAAGGUUCUUUAAUUUUUUCUGCCUACUACAUGCAAGUUUUUUAUAAAGAAGUUCCUUAUAAAAAGAGUGCAAGUUGCACGAAAGUUUGGUACAUUAACUAACUUUAAAUGAAGCAUUACGAUGGCACAAGGCUGAUCACCAAGUCAAAUGCAAACUUGGUAGAACUUCUAACCCCCCUCCUUUCCCCCCAACCCCUCAAGAAAAAAGGAAGCAUUGCAGUGACCAUUGUCGAAUGUAAUCAUGUCCUCCAUUUUAUCAUAGCCAUUAACACCUUCCAUCGUCUCCGUACCAACAGCAAGGUAAUCUACAACACUUCUGUAACAUCUCCUUGUUUUAUGUGUAUACGCCCUGUAUUGUAGUUAGUUAGUUUUCAUUUCGCUGGAGAAAAGAAGCACAAAAACACAGCAGAUUUGUUUUCAUUGUAUCGAUGGCCUAAGACAGCAUAAACCAAAAAUCAAGAUCAUAAACAUAAAGAUAAAGAUUAGUGAGAUCGUUCGUUUACAACUCUUUUAUUAAUAGUUCUGUAUUUCAUGUACAACCACAAUAAGAGCGAUUAACGCAUUACUGAAUUU